AUGUCUGGGAGAAAGCGGAGAAUUGACGAUGUCGACAACAGCGGCAAUGACAACCGGAAAAAACAAGCACGAGAUUCAAACCUAGGCAGUGGAGCGAACAGCGGACAGUCCUCUUCAGCGUUGAACGCUGAAGUUGUUGCCAAAGCUCCGAACACGACAGCUGCCGUUCCUAGUCAGACUGUGAGUGGUGAGGCCCUUAGUACCAAAACUGCUCCCGCAGAAGCUGAGCAAAGCAGAGACAAAGGGAAACAGCGGCUAGAACAAGUGGAGGAAGCUAAAGAAGCUGCAAAAGAAGCCGCAGGAGGGAUUUCAGCCGACAACAAAGAGUCCACUGCAGGACCUUCGACUGGAUCAAACAAACAGGCCCGGGUGAAAAAGCAGCGUCGCAAAAAGACCGACCCAGUGCCAGAUCCCGUGGAGACGGCUCUUAGCAGGAUUGAGAAGAAUCCUCCCAAACGUACCGAUAGAGCCUGUGACAAUUGCAGAAUGAGUACGCAAACGGAUACCAUUCAGAAGUUGAAGUGCGACAACCAGCCCGACGGCUGCGCACAAUGUGUGAAAAAGGGUAUGCCCUGCACAUUGACUUUAGCAACCCAGAAGACCUAUGUUCGGGGAGCUCUCCAGGAGACCGGACAGGCCAGAGAUGGGUUGAAUCUUGAGGUUGAAAGGCUCCGUGCAGAUGUUGACUUUCUUCUGCAAGAAGUCCACUUGCUCCGGCGAGAUGUCCAGCAGCUACAACUGGAGAAUAUGCAGUUACGUAAUGUGCUGGCUGGCCUUCAGACAUCCUUUCCUAACCGGAAUCAAUUUCCUCUGAAUCCUCCACCGGCUGGGCAAGUGCCUCCCCAAGCCCCCUACGAUGUGCAUGCUCAAACCCAAGCGGCAGGGCAAGCAGCUGGCCGAAUGCCACUUCCUGCAAACCUUCCUCCGGCCGAACAGGGAACACUCUAUCCCAGGCCUCCUGCAAACCCUUCUCUGGUAGGGCAAGGAGGUGGCCAAAUGCCGCUUUUUACAAACCUUCCUCCGGCAGGACAGGGAACCCUCUAUCCCGCAUUUCCCUCAGACCCUUUCCCAGCAGGACAGGGAGCAGGCAAUCCCGCACCCCCUCCAGAUUUUCGCCUGGUGGGACCAGGCCCUCUCAACUUUCCACCUGGUCCGAAUCUUCCAGUAAUACAAGAACCUGCCAAUUUCCUACCUGCUCCAAGAACCCCUUCGCCGGAGCAAGGCUCUUCCUCCGAUCAAUCCAGCGGCAGUAGUCCUUACCGGUCAUCUUCCGAGGCGAGUGCAGACAAUGAUAACACCAACUACGGUGCUACUAACAAUGAUCCAGCUUUCGCUAACCAGGUUUUUCCCCCAGUGACCGAGCAGGGUGGUGGCCAACCAGCACUGGAAGCACAGCAAUCUGGUUACCAGGACACUAUGGCCGAUGACACUGCGAUGGUUCUCGAUGAUGACGAUCUCGAAGGGUUCGUAGCUCAACCAGCUGAUCCCAACGACUUCGAUGCCUUCCUCAACGCCAUUGGUGGUGACAAUGGUGGCAAUGGUUGGGAUCCCAUAGACUUAUCAAUGCUACCUGCUGACAGAAAUAGCCCCGCGGCCUUCACCAAUCAGCCGUCCGAUCCCAGUGCUGCCAAUCCUGCGGGCCCAGCGACAGACCUCUUUACAAUUGACCCUGCACAACUUACCUUGCAGCCAGGUGAUUACCCGCAGGUUGCACGUCCAACUACGACACUGGCAAUGGCAGACGUUCCAUGGGAUUCACAAAAUGGGAGAGACAAUGACGGUCCUCAGCAGAACUAA